AUGCCUCACAUCCCGUUGACACUUCGAGAGGCACGCGGAGUUCACUGCUUCAAAAGGCUCAAGACGUAUGCCAACUUUCCAGAAGCACCUCAAGGGGAGGCUUCUCUCAGCAAUAGGCUCAAGACGUAUGCCAACUUUCCAGAAGCACCUCUAGGGGAGGCUUAUCUCAGCAAUAGGUUCAAGACGUAUGCCAACUUUCCAGAAGCACCUCAAGCGGAGGAUUCUCUCAGCAAUAGGCUCAAGACGUAUGCCAACUUUCCAGAAGCACCUCCAGGGGAGGCUUCUCUCAGCAAUAGGCUCAAGACGUAUGCCAACUUUCCAGAAGCACCUCUAGGGGAGGCUUAUCUCAGCAAUAGGUUCAAGACGUAUGCCAACUUUCCAGAAGCACCUCAAGCGGAGGAUUCUCUCAGCAAUAGGCUCAAGACGUAUGCCAACUUUCCAGAAGCACCUCAAGGGGAGGCUUCUCUCAGCAAUAGGCUCAAGACGUAUGCCAACUUUCCAGAAGCACCUCUAGGGGAGGCUUAUCUCAGCAAUAGGUUCAAGACGUAUGCCAACUUUCCAGAAGCACCUCAAGCGGAGGAUUCUCUCAGCAAUAGGCUCAAGACGUAUGCCAACUUUCCAGAAGCACCUCAAGGGGAGGCUUCUCUCAGCAAUAGGCUCAAGACGUAUGCCAACUUUCCAGAAGCACCUCUAGGGGAGGCUUAUCUCAGCAAUAGGUUCAAGACGUAUGCCAACUUUCCAGAAGCACCUCAAGCGGAGGAUUCUCUCAGCAAUAGGCUCAAGACGUAUGCCAACUUUCCAGAAGCACCUCAAGGGGAGGCUUCUCUCAGCAAUAGGCUCAAGACGUAUGCCAACUUUCCAGAAGCACCUCUAGGGGAGGCUUAUCUCAGCAAUAGGUUCAAGACGUAUGCCAACUUUCCAGAAGCACCUCAAGCGGAGGAUUCUCUCAGCAAUAGGCUCAAGACGUAUGCCAACUUUCCAGAAGCACCUCAAGGGGAGGCUUCUCUCAGCAAUAGGCUCAAGACGUAUGCCAACUUUCCAGAAGCACCUCUAGGGGAGGCUUAUCUCAGCAAUAGGUUCAAGACGUAUGCCAACUUUCCAGAAGCACCUCAAGCGGAGGAUUCUCUCAGCAAUAGGCUCAAGACGUAUGCCAACUUUCCAGAAGCACCUCAAGGGGAGGCUUCUCUCAGCAAUAGGCUCAAGACGUAUGCCAACUUUCCAGAAGCACCUCUAGGGGAGGCUUAUCUCAGCAAUAGGUUCAAGACGUAUGCCAACUUUCCAGAAGCACCUCAAGCGGAGGAUUCUCUCAGCAAUAGGCUCAAGACGUAUGCCAACUUUCCAGAAGCACCUCAAGGGGAGGCUUCUCUCAGCAAUAGGCUCAAGACGUAUGCCAACUUUCCAGAAGCACCUCUAGGGGAGGCUUAUCUCAGCAAUAGGUUCAAGACGUAUGCCAACUUUCCAGAAGCACCUCAAGCGGAGGAUUCUCUCAGCAAUAGGCUCAAGACGUAUGCCAACUUUCCAGAAGCACCUCUAGGGGAGGCUUAUCUCAGCAAUAGAGCCAUCCCCCGUACCCCAUUAAGCACCACCAGAGGCUUGAAUUCCUUCCGGCAACUCCAGAGAUGCUCCGAGAACACUGUCCCAAGUCUAGAGGAAUACGAACUUCAGCAAAGCAACUCGAGGAAUGCUCCGUGUACCCCAAAUCGUUUCGAGCAUGAAGGGCUGUCUGAAGCCCCUGUGGAGACCUUAGAGAAAGCUCUAGGUCCCUGCCUCAUUUUGACGGAAUGCCUCACAUCCCGUUUACACUUCGAGAGGCACGCGGAGGUCACUGCUUCAAAAGGUGAUGAUGCCUCACUCGUCUUGAAUAUUGAUAGGAAUCCCAAAAUCACUGUGGCUACAGGAAAGGAUUCUUUUGUGCCCUGCCUCACCUCGAGAAGCAUCCGUUUUGCCCUGCCAAGCCUCGAAGAGAUUCCUGAGGUGUCCCUCGUUACUAGGCAGGUGUCCUGA